UCCAUCAUGAGUCAGAACCCAUGGUCGGUCCGCGUUUCGUAAUUAAUUUCUGCGGUAACGAGAAAAAUGCGAGUCUAAACCCGGGACUACGACACCUGCUCACUCCCGGGUCGCUUGUCCUGAGAGGACAUGCCCGUUGUGUGCGGUAAAUCGUGCAUCUUUUAUCUUCCUUUCGUUCAGCUCGCUCGUAUCCAUUAUGUGUGUUUAGUGUUUUCUUUUCUCAUUUCCCUCGUCAAAAAUUCUAUAUCCCGGUUUCCUUCUUCUGGGAAACUCUGAUUUCUGUCGUUCGAGCAGCAGCAUUAACAACGAAUUGUUUAAGACGGCAUUUUGGGCUAUCGGAUUUUGAGUACGAACACGAAUGCUCUCCGACUCGCACCACCGACUGAUCUUACAUCGUCAGUCUCUUCGUCGAUCGAACUUUCACAAGAAAGAAUGGAUUGUGAAUUUUUCAACGGUCUCGUUGAUCGUACUUACCUUUUCUAUUCUUUUCAUUCCUGUGAAUAAAACGAUUUGAAGCAGGUAACUUAAGUCGUUAAAGAAAAAACUACUAUAGUGCCAACAUGGAUCAAAACAGAAAUAGACCUAGUAGACCACGUCUGCGUUCCCAUGGCAAUUCUGCCAGAGUACUGGUAUUUGAUCAGGCAGAAAGCGAAGAAUCUGCUUGUAGUACAGAAGCAGAGAUUCAAAGACGACCGAUACCACCUAAAGUAGAAAGCAAAGAAGCUCCAGUUAGGCCUGUUAGCGGAGAAUUGUCAAAUUUGGUUCGAAUGAGGAACUCUGCAAUUGGGAAGUCUGCACCAUCUUUAUCCGUUCAUGUGCGUGAUUUUAAUAUUUCUCGGCGUGCUGCUAAAGCGGCACAUCGUAAGUCCUUUAUUGCAACAACCUCUCCAACUUUACCACGUUGUCAUUCACCAUUAUCAGCAUUCGUCCCGAUUGUAGGCAGUCCCCUAGAGAGUCCUAGGAUGUCAUCCAGUCCACAUUUUGCUUUUGCUCCAAUUAAAAGAAUCGGUGGAGGUGCCACAGGAACCGGAGAUGGCAGAAGAUGGUCAGUUGCUAGUUUACCAUCUAGUGGAUAUGGAACAACACCAGGUUCCAGCAAUGUUUCGUCACAGUACUCGAGUCAGGAACGUUUGCAUCAACUUCCAAAUGUUCCAACCAAGGACGAAUUGCGUAUGCUUUCUUGUCAUUUCUCUAAGCCUGGCACACCUUGUUCUUCGCAUCCGGGAUUUCCAGGUUCUAGUAUUUCUAGUAUCCCAGGCAGCGUGUCCCUCAGUCUUGAUGAAGAGGGUCGUAGGUCACCAUUACACAGACCGCGUUCGCGAAGUUUGAGUAGUCCGAGUCGGUCCCCCGUGUUGGACAGCGAAAUUGUUAUGAUGAAUACUCUUUACAAGGAACGAUUUCCAAAGGCAACGCAGCAGAUGGAAGAACGUCUGACUAAUUUUAUCAAUGAAAAUAAGGAAUUGGACGAGUACGAAGUGAUGUCAAAUAUGACGCAAGAUUCUUUGCCGAUUUUACGGUUUGUGCAUCAUCAAGUAAUCGAAAUGGCAAGAGAUUGCUUACAGAAAUCUCAGGAGAAAUUAAUUACAACUAGGUAUUUCUAUGAAAUGAGUGAAAAUUUAGAACAUUUACUAAUGGAGACCAAAGAUAAGUCGCUUGAAGCAGCAACAAGAUUAACGGGACUUAUUAAAAAAUUACUAUUAGUAAUAUCGCGACCAGCUCGACUGUUGGAAUGUUUAGAAUUCGAUCCAGAAGAAUUUUAUCAUUUGCUAGAACAAGCUGAAGGCCAAGCAAAAAUUAAUGCCGGAAUAAAAACAGAUAUACCUCAGUAUAUUAUUAAUAAGUUGUCUCUUAAUAGGGAUCCAAUAUCAGAACUGCAAGAAGAUUUAAAUAAACUAGAGGAUUCGGCGAGUUCAAGCGAUAGUAAUUUACAAGUUGCGUCCAGUCCGAAUAAGGACGAUGAAAAGUCUCAACGCAUUCCGUGUGAAAGCGAUUACGAAGUAUUGAAGCUGAUUAGUAACGGCGCGUACGGCGCAGUGUAUUUAGUUAAAGAGAAAACGACGCGGCAAAGGUUCGCCAUGAAAAAAAUAAAUAAGAAUAAUCUAAUGCUACGAAAUCAAGUAGAGCAAGUGUUUGCUGAAAGGGACAUAAUGAGCUUUACAGACAAUCCAUUUGUAGUUUCUAUGUAUUGUAGCUUCGAAACAAAAAAGCACUUAUGUUUAGUAAUGGAAUACGUAGAGGGAGGAGAUUGUGCGAAUCUUUUAAAAAAUAUCGGUCCACUGCCACCGGAUAUGGCAAGGUUUUAUUUCGCAGAAACUGUUUUAGCUGUCGAGUAUCUGCAUAACUACGGUAUUGUUCAUCGUGACUUAAAACCUGACAAUUUACUUAUUACUGCCCUUGGUCAUAUUAAACUCACAGACUUUGGUCUUAGUAAAAUGGGUCUUAUGUCUUUGGCGACAAAUCUUUACGAGGGAUAUAUCGACAGGGAUACCCGACAAUUUUCAGACAAACAGGUAUUCGGCACGCCUGAGUAUAUCGCUCCUGAAGUUAUACUCCGUCAAGGAUACGGUAAACCUGUUGAUUGGUGGUCUAUGGGCAUUAUACUGUACGAAUUUCUAAUUGGAUGCGUUCCAUUUUUUGGUGAUACUCCUGAGGAACUGUUUGCUCAUACAGUUAAUGAUGAUAUCGAGUGGCCAGAUGAAGAUGACUGGCCCGUUCAGCCAGAGGCUAAAGAUAUUAUAACAGCGUUGUUGCAACAAAGCCCUAGAGAUCGUUUAGGUACUGGUGGAUCUCACGAAGUGAAAGAACACCCAUAUUUUUAUGGAGUAAAUUGGAAUAGUUUGCUCAGACAAAAGGCUGAAUUCGUGCCACAAUUAGUAAAUGACGAAGAUACAAGUUACUUCGAUACUCGUAUGGAUAGAUAUAAUCACGAUAUAGGUGACGAUACCGACGACACCGAUGAUUCCCCUUUGUUCGGAUCGUUCUCCUCGUAUUCCCCUCAGUCACGAAAGAUAUCUCAAACCCGUCCACCGCAACUGAAUCCUGAAUUAGAGUCGGAUGCCUCGAAGAAACAAUUAUUCCGUACCGAACUUGAGCGUACAGUCGCACAGUUGUCUCUUGGAUCGAACAACACAAUGACGGCUCCAUCCAAACUCGUAGAAUCGACUCCGUCGGAUAAGAACCGGCUUUCAUCGUCCAUUAAGAGUAGUACGUGUAGCGAGACACCGCCAAAGGCAGACAAAUCGAACGCAUCGUUUGCUAGUCCUGCCACGGUGACGAGUGGCGAGUCACAAUUAACGGUUAUCAAGAACAAUCAAAUGGAAGGAACGUCGAUCAGCUUGAGUACACCAGAUUCAUCGCAAACAGAGUCUGAGGAUAUUAGUCCACAGAUUCAGAGAAAGCGGCAUGUGCACUCCCGGGACAAGCUGCCCAGGUUCAGUAUAUGCGUUGAUGAUGAACACAUGUUGGAUCUGAUUGCUGCUAACAGAGAUACAACUGAAGAGAGUAAACAUAAUUCUAGUACCGAUUCGUUUGAAUCGUUUAGUGCAAUGCCAAUUAUACCCUCUGCUAAGCAUAAGUCACGAUCCGUAAUUAAAUCUGCAUCCACUAGUGGAUUGUCACUGGUGAUACCUGCUAGUGAUUUUUCAUACGAUGCGUCAUUAAAUACUCAGCCAAUCGAAUCUCCUGGGGGAUCGUCUACUGCUUCUUCGAGAGAUACAUCCCCUUGUCGCGAAUUGAGUCCUCUCGUAACUAGUUUGAAACCUCCUAUUAUCAUUCGAAGAGGACCCUGUGGAUUUGGUUUCACGGUACACACCAUUAGGGUGUAUUACGGGGACAGUGAUUUUUAUACAAUGCAUCAUCUGGUUAUGGCCGUUGAUCAAUCUAGUCCAGCAUUUGAAGCUGGCUUGAGACCGGGAGAUCUCAUAACUCAUAUAAAUGGCGAACCUGUACAGGGAUUGUACCAUAUACAAGUUUUGCAAUUAAUGUUGAGCGGUGGCGAUCACGUGACACUGCGUAGUACACCCUUAGAGAAUACUAGCAUAAAGACGGGUGGAAGAAGAAGAGAUCUGACCCAGAGUAAAAUGGCACGCAGAACGCUGCACAAGCAGCGUAAACAGAAGCGUGAUCAUUCUGAUAAGAAACGAAAAACGUCCCUUUUUAAACGAAUUAGUUCGAAACGAGCUAGUGUAGAGAUGCAACAGCCAUUAACUAUCAGUUGUCCAUUGUCAGCACCCAUUCUAUCCAGCGACAGCAAACCUCCACUUAUGAUGGCCGCAGGAAUGUGUUCUCCGUCAAUGGUGACUCCUAGCCGAUCGUUCCAGUCGUUUACACGUUCUCAGGAGACAUCGCCAUAUUUUGCAGCCUGCACGAAAUCUGUUUGCAGUCCGUCACCGCCAACGAACCGUGUCAGCUCAGAUUCGUAUCAUUCUACUGGGAAUUCGAGCCCUUGUUCGAGUCCGAACUCUUCGUCUCCGGGUUCUACCACGUCUGCUGCCAACUUACCAACCAUUUCCAAUCAAUCUCAUUAUCAGAGACCAAGUACUCUACACGGUUUGAAGCAUAAGUUACAUACAGCGGCAAAGAAUAUUCAUUCGCCAAAUCGUAGAAAAUCCGUGGGACAUAUACCGUUGUCUCCGUUAGCGAGAACCCCGAGCCCAUCGCCGCUUCCUGCCAGCCCUACCAGGAGUCCAAGUCCAUUAGCGUUUCCUACGGGACAUCAGCCUGGUAGCUCUAACACAACACAGUCUUAUAGUCCAGGUGUCUGCUUAUCAACGCCAAACAACCAGAAGAAAAGCUAUGGGCGGCCAAAGUCUGCAGAGCCAGGUUCUCCGCUCCUCAGAAGAGCUCUUAGUCCAGACAGACUUCAUCCUCGCUCCGCUGAAAACAAAACAUCGAUAUCACCAUUGGUUAAUACAGUAGUGAAGGUGACUCCUCGGGUAACUAUAGCACAAUCUUCCUACUCGGAAACCUCCGAGGACAUCAGUGAUAGCUUCAAGGAUUUGAAUGAUAUCAAAGUAGAGAAGAAAGUGACGGCGGAUCAGAAAACCGAUUACUCCAAGAUAUCUCAUGGUAUAUCUAUCAACUUGGGUAACGUGGGUAUGUCCAAUUCCUGUGGCGGUACACAAUUGCCGAGAAUAGCGGAGGAAAAAGAUUCACCGACUGGUUCCAAGGGUGAUGAUUACUCAACGAAGGAAGUUCUGUCUUCCGACAAAACAAACAAUCCUUUCUCCGGUAAAUCAACGGAACUAGAAAACACCGUGGAAUGUAACGAUCGUCGUGAGAAGACGUCGAUGACGGAUGAGCAACGAUCGUCGCCAGUUUGUAAACUGGAAAAUGCUGCUCGAACCGAGAGCUUUUCUAAUCUACAAACGCGUAGUCUACAGAAUGUGUUUGGAAAGCAGCCUCAGUCUUCCGAGAAAAAUUCACAAGCUUUCUCUCAGAAAGUAUCAUCUCAAAACAACGAGAAAGGGGGCUCACAGAUUUCUUCUCAAAGAGUAUCAUCUCAGAACAACGAGAAGAAUUCGCAAUCUUCGAGUCAGAAAGUGUCGUUGCAAAACAGCGAGAAAUGUUCGCAAACGGUGGGAAAAACUCCGUUGCAGAUCAAUGAAAAAGGUUCGCAAGUUGCAUUGCAAAAGCUGUCUCAAGGAAGCGAAAAAAGUUCAUCAACUGAAGCAACUAGCAAACAGAAGCAGUUUCAAGGUAGUGAGAAAACAGCCACGUUGCAUAAAGCGAACGAGCAGAAAGUAACUGGUAAAAAUACAGAGGUUAAUGUAGAAGGUAGAAAAACGUCGAAGAAACACAAAGUUGAUAGCUCAGAUGGCCCCAGUAACGCUUCCUCGAGCAGUUUCGAGGCUGGUGGAUUUGGGAAGGACAAGAAAAAUAAUUAGAAUUAAAAAACGGUUGUUCAUUAACAGAUCUAAGAUUUCUGCCAACGAAUAGCCUGUAUCUUUUUGUCUUAAAAAAAAAAAAAAAGAAGAAAAAAAAACUCGUAUCUGUCUCGAAUGAAAUUAUAGAAAACGUAUAAAAAGAUAGUUUCUCUAAUGAAUGGUCAGGCGUGAUGUAUUGAAACGCAAGAUCGAAAGUAUGAUAAAUCAAAAAUAUGAGUUUGCAGCUUUAAGAAAAAUGGAAAAUGGUUUGUACUCGAAUCAAGUAUUUAUAGGUUUCCGUCGAAUUAACAUACCUGAAGAAUAUAGCUUUAGCUGGUAUUUCUGAUAUUCUGUGACACGUGUCCGAGUCACGUUCUGUAACCGUAAUCUUUGUCGUACGAAUUCUAAGGAAAUCGAAGGAUGAAAGUAGAAGGCAACAGGAAAUUGAAUAAUUAACUGUUCAGACAACAAUUUCACUCGCAGUUCGUUGAAGUUUGCUAUUCGCUAACUACUAGCGAGAGAAAGAAAAGAAGAAUAAAAAGGGUGGAAAGAAGAAAUUGGAGUAAUUUACACUUCGGGCUACAGUAUUUACACGAUCUCAUUUUACACUUAUGUCUAAUUAUUAUUAGCACAUCAGCGAAUCGCGUACAGAUAGUUUUCCAAUGUGUGUAAUAUUAUUCGUGGAAUGAAAGCAACAAACACGUAUGUAUCGUAUAUACUCGUGAUACAGAUUUAAGUACUAAACUUUUUAAUGAUUUCUUUAUUUUAACAAACCGCGGAACGAUUAUAUUUAAUGGUAUACAUUUCUUUUAGCGUGACAAGGAACGAAGCAAAGGCUGGACCUACGCGUCUUAAUUAUUAAAUUGGAAAAGAUUGGGAAAAGUGGAGUAACAUUUGGAGAACGUCAGGCUCGCUUUGGUUAAGAGACGACGGGAAGAAGCUUUUUAUCAUUUGUCUUCGUGGGAAUUGGACAUGAGACGAUAGAAGACUACUGUUCUAAUAUACUAGAACGAUGGAAUGAUGGAAGGCUUCUUCUUGUCCUUAAUCAAGAGAAGCCUAUCAUUCGCUUUGUUUUAUGAAAAAAUAUUGAUUGUUGGAUCAGUGUUAGAAAAAAUGCUUCCAAAUAGACCUAUGCACGAGUAUGUACGAUAAACGGAUCAUCGCCGCAAUGAUCAUCGUACAAGAUGCUCCCGUGUAUGCACAACGAUAUUACAACUUUCUCCGUUCAAGUAUUUCAUCACACUUUGUGAUUGCAUUUAAUCAUACGAAUCGGUGCUAAAUAUUCAUCUGAGAACUGGUGCUUGCUCCUAACGUUUCAGUGUCUUGAGUCGCUUUUGAGAAUGAAACGAUAGAACAGAAACUAAUUAAAGAAUCGUCGAGCAGAAAAAAGAAAAUAUAUACAAAAAUAAUAAUAAUAAUAAUAAUAAUAAUAAUAAUAAUAAUAAUAAUAAUAAAAUUUUAAAAAAGAAGAAAAAAAAACUGAGAAAGUAAAGUCAUAAGUGUGUAGCAACGUAGCAGAACGUACGUGUACGAAGAACAUAUCGCAUUGGAAGCAUCUUGGAGUUUUCAGCGAUCAUAAGAAAGAAUCGCGAACGUGUCGAGGAUUAUAUUCUGCUCUUUUGAUACGUUGAUAAUUGUUUUAGCGUUUAGAUACUCGUUAAUUUAUUCUGUAUAUAAAAGUGUAUAUUAGUUAAGAGCAAAGUGUAUGUUUUAAUGGAGCAAAAACGAAAAGUGGAAACGAUAUUCGAUUACCACCGGGGAGAGGUAACACUUAUUGCUUUCGGUAAUAAGGUUCACGUGAAAAAGCUUGAACAAGAACAAGAACAAGAACAUUGCCAUAAAGAGCAACACGAUCUACGUAUGUGUCUCUGCCAUAAAGGUAUACGUUUCGCGUCGAUGAUUAAGUUUGACGAUCAAACGAACGAAUUGGUGGUAUUUUAUUUUUUUAUUAUUAUUUGUUUAUCUCACAGUUUUCUUCGUUUCAACGUAAUGUUGAAUGAUGUGUUUUUUGUUGUGUUCUAGAGAUGAAAGAGUGAAAGAGAAUAUGAUGGACAUUUUAGCCGAGUGUUGCUCAUUAAAUAAGAAUGAAAACAGGAGCUCAUUGACUGUACAUAUGCACGCUUUAAUCAAUAAGGAUAGACUAUAAGGAUACUUAAAGGAACUGGCUUUAGUGAUAUAAGCAAUGAGCCUCGAACACCAUCAUCGUUUUUUUAGAAGCACUUCUUUUUUACAGAUACUUUUAACCCUUUCGCUACUGUUACUUAUGUUUUUUAAUUAAGGGGGAAAUCAAAAGCUUAACUAUGGAAGGAGGUCUCCCAUUGUUUGCUUUUAAUUUUCGGAGAAUUUGGGGGAAAAUCAAACAUUGAACGUUUAUAGCAACGAAAGGGUUAAUAAAUCUGUCGGUGAUUUGAUAACGUGUACGUUUUGCGAUUUGUAUGUAUAUCAAGAGUUUUAACAAAUAUUUCCAUAUCAGCAGAUUUUUUUUUUUCUUCUAAUCAAAGUUAAAUGUAGUAAACUGAUUCAAGGACUAUCGUUCAUAAGUUGCACGAUAGUAAGAAUUACACUUAUUCAAAAAGUUCAUUCUAAAUACUCAUGAACGAUAAUGUAUUACUAUGCCAGCAGUUAACGUACUAACAUUAAUAUCUUUGUUAAAACUUGAAAAAACUCAGCUUGAUCGUGAUCACGUUCCAGGAAACGAGCCUGAACAUUUUUAGAAUCGAAUAUAUUCACCGUGUGAAGCGACAGAACACGCAAGGAAGAAAUAUAUCGUAAAAAGUAAUUAAAAAACAAAGCUCCAUAAAUGUUUCUCACAGAGAGAAUAAAGGAAUACGAUCCAAAGUGUUUGAGAAAGGAAGAGAAAGAAACUACCAAACACCGAAUUUCAUUGGUCGCAUAUUAAUCAAUCGUAGGCGUAUAAUAUUAUAACGAAGCUAAGAAGCAUGUAGCUAAAAGAGUAGACGAGUCACGAUCGUUGUUACUUUUGUUUUUCGCAUGUAGACGAGUAAGUGAGGCCAAUUAGCAACGCACCAUCGGGCAGAGCAACUUCCGGUUCUUCGGCUGAACGAAGUAUACAUUCGGAGGCUACUGCAAUAAUCAUGGGUCGAAUUGUAUCGCGUGUACAAUCGUCGAAUGAAUUAUCAGGAAUGAGUGAGUUGCGAUUAUGUGUUUCAUUCUAAUCGUCAAAUUUUAUAGCGUAAGAAAGUAAGAAAGAAAUUUUCUUAGCUUAUUGUACGCAUCGUUCAUGAUGUUCAGUCGUGUGCAACUUAGGCUUCCUGAAACUUUAAACUGCAAACUACAAGAAAGGCUUUCAUAUACAUACAUAAUAUAUUGGAAAAGUAAUAUCUGAAGGAAUAGUUUAAAAAUAAAAAAUUGAAUUUUAAUUGUAAUUCGGCCUUCAAAGAGUUAAAAGGAAUUGUAGGGAUUCUCCAAGAUGAAAGGCAAAUUGAUAGAUACACUUACUCUUAAUAAAAAGAAAUCUAUGUUGCACCCGAUUGUAAGAUAACUGAUUGAUUGAUUGAUUGAUUGAUUGAUUGAUUGAUUAAUUGAUUGAUUAAUUGAUUGAUUAAUUAAUUAAUUAUUAACGCUUUGUUGAGCAUUGUUUUGUUACGUUUACGUAAGUUGUGAUCGAUGUAGAGAAUUAACAAGUUCGUUGCUGAGUUUUAAUUCGUUGAAAGUUGUUUCAUUGUAUGUACGAGCGUUAAAAAUGUUUCAUCAUCCUGAAGCGAUGAAUUUUGUCCAUGUUCGAAUCGUUGAAAGCUCGACAGUUUCGUUUCCUUCAUGAAGGAACGUCGAUUAUAUAUAUAUAUAUAUACAUAUACGUAUUGAUGAUGAGAGGAAGCAACGACGCUUUGCAAUCGAUAUUUCAACUACUUUUUUCUUCCUGUUUCCUCUUCUUUUUAAAAACGUUCGAUGGACUUUGUUGCUCUUCUUUUUGUGAUAAGCGAAUGGAUGUUCUCCAUGAGAAUGUUUAUUAACAAACUCGACAAACGUUUGAUAAUUAUAUUACACACUCUCCACGUGAAAUACAGUUUCGUUUCUUAUUAUA